AUGUUUCAUCCGGUGCAAUUGAGGGCAGCUGCCCUUCGUCGGCCACUUGCUGGCCUUUUUACACCUCAGCCAUGCCCUUCUCGAAUCUUGGUCCGCGCAAAGAGUCUUUCCGCUAUCCAUCGGGGUAUGCGCAACUCGGAGAAAGCCCAGUUUGGAGAAUCUCGCCGUCCUACAAGGGACUCGACCGAAUCGCGCGAUCAUGGAACAUUCGAUAGAAGAGCUCGGCGAAGGUCAGCGGCCCCUCCAAUUCACCGCGAUACCCCAACCCGUCGGGAUGAGUUCAUGGACAAGUUCAAUGCGAGGGCCCAGGACAGUGGUGGCACCAGGUCUUGGCGCCAGGAGCAAAAGCUAAGGAAGAAGCUACGAAAGAAGGAGGAAGAGAAGAAGGCAAAAGAAGAGGCAGGCGACGAGGAGACCGGCCGCCGCACCCGGAGAAGGCGAUUCGCAGAUCCAGAAAACGAGUUUGGCCAAAAGAGUUUUGUGCACCGAAUGAAGUAUGGAGACCUCAAGGAUGUGGCCGCCGAAUUGCCCAUCAAACAGUUCGUCCAGCCGCGAUCAUUCCGCGAAACCCGCAAUGAACGACGGCAAUUUGACUUUCAAGAUCCCAACGGUUGGCAAGAUCAGGAAUCUCCACGGUUCGAGAGACGGUCUGAUCGAUCAGAUAACGACUCUCGAUCAUUUCAGGAUGCUUCAAGGUCCGAAAGACGGUUUGAUCGAUCAGACCGCGAUUCCCGGCCAGGUUAUGAUGCUGCACGAUCCGAGAGACGGUUUGAUCGAUCGGAUCGGGACACUCACUCACGCCAAGACAGAGGCCGUACUGACCGAUGGAAUGAUCAGGAGGGUGACUCUGCCGAAGGAUCAGCUCCAAAGCGCGGGCGCAAGAAGGAGAUGAUGCCUAUGACAAUCAAGUAUACCACCGCUGCCUCUCAAUUCCUCUACGGCAGGUCGGUGGUGAAGGCAGCUCUCGAGCAGGGCAGGCGGAAGCUGUACAAUCUGUACAUUUAUGGCGGUGAGAACCGCAGGGACAACAAGGACAAUACGUUCCUGUCCCGGCUUGCCGAGAAGCAGGGCGUCCCCAUUACCAUCGUGCCCACCGAGGAGCAGCGUCUGAUGGACAAGAUGAGCAUGGGACGGCCUCACAAUGGCUUUGUGCUUGAGGCUUCCCCAUUGCCCCAGCUGCCCAUCCGGUCACUGGGAAAGCUUGAGGAGACUCCAGCUCGCCUGGGCUUCCAUGUGGAACUUGACUUCCAGACCAAGGAAGAAGAGGCCAUCAACGGCACUGAAAGCUUCUUCCGACGAGCCAACGACGUCAUGCCUAAGCCCUUUGUGCUUUUGCUCAACGAAAUCAUGGAUCCUGGCAACCUGGGAGGUAUCAUCCGAACGGCUAGCUACCUUGGUAUUGAUGCAGUCGGCAUCACCAGCCGGGGAUCUUCCACGUUGACACCCGUGGCUCUCAAGUCUGCAGCUGGCGCAGUGGAGGAGAUCUCACUGUUCACAGUCGAUGACCCGCUCAGGUUCAUCGAGGACUCCAGCAAGGCCGGCUGGAAGACGUUUGCUGCCGUGGCGCCUCCCGACCGGAAAUUGGUCCGCAAGCACGGAGACAAGUUCAUCUCGACAGAUGUUAUCGAGGCCAACAGCCCGCUCAACGAGCAUCCUUGUCUUCUUGUCCUUGGCAAUGAAGGACACGGGUUGCCGAAGCCACUCAAGGUAGCAGCCGACUACGAGUUGUCGGUGCCUCGAUUUGUGCAGGGGAGCUGCAUUGACAGCUUGAACGUUAGCGUUGCUGCAGGACUCUUAUGCCACUCAUUCGUCAAGGAGCCCCUGGUUGAAGCCAAGCCGGUGCAGGUUGACGCCCCGGUUGAGGUCCCAGAGCCUCAAGUCCAAGUCGAAGCAGAGGAGAAGCCUGUUGAGGCUGAAAAGCAGGGGGUGUUGCUCAGCAGCGAGGGCGGUGAGGAAAACAAGGCGGAAGAGGCCGAACUAGAAAAGGCGGACAAGCCCAAGGAGGAGACGACUGAGGAGAAGAAGUCCGAGGAAGAAAAGCCCGAGGAGAAGAAACCGGAGGAGAAGAAACCGGAGGAAACAAAGGCUGAGAAUGUCGAGAUGAUGUUCUAA